GGUGAGCGGCCCGGGUCGGGCCAGCUUCCCGUUCCCCUACACGCCGUACCGCAUCCAGGAGCAGUUCAUGGCUGCGCUGUACGCUGCGCUGGAGGCCGGGCGGGUCGGAAUCUUCGAGAGCCCCACGGGCACGGGAAAGUCACUGAGCCUCAUCUGCGGGGCCCUCUCCUGGCUCCGAGACUUUGAGGAGAAGAAGCAGCAGGAGGAGGCACGGCUUCUGGCUCCAGAGGGCAGCGGGCAAGAAGAGAAGCAGCCCCUGGUUUCUGGUGGUCUGGCGUGUCCAAACAGCAGGGAUGCAUCUGGGGAACCAGACUGGAUCACGGCCUUUGUGCAGAAGAAAGAAGAGCAGGAUUUGGUGCACAGACUGAAGGAAGAGCAGAUCAGGAGGAAAAAGCGAGAAGAACGUCUUGAGAAAAUCCGCCAUAAUGUACAGUUAAAAUAUGCAGCGAAGAGGAAGAGAUCUGAAGAGGAUGAAAUGAAGCGCCUUCUUCAGCUCAGCAAAGAGAUUCUGUCAGAGGGAGCUGGAGCAGCUGUCCCAGAGCAGCUGGAUCACAAUGAGGAGGAGCUGAUCCUUGCUGAAUAUGAGAGUGACGAAGAAAAGAAAGUGGGAUCUGGGCUGGAGGAAGAUGAUGAUGAUGAUUUGGAAGAAGAGCAUGUGACGAAGAUUUACUACUGCAGCCGCACUCAUUCCCAGUUGUCUCAGUUUGUCCAUGAAGUGCAGAAAAGUCCUUUUGGCAAAGGCACGCGUCUGGUCUCCUUGGGAUCCAGGCAGAACCUGUGUGUGAAUGAGGAGGUGCGCCGCUUGGGGGCUCUGCAGCUCAUCAAUGACCGCUGCACAGAGAUGCAAAAGAACAAACACGAAAAGAAGAGUGAUGCAGAAGGGAAGAAGAGACGUGUGAGUCGCACUGUGUGCCCAUUUUAUUCCUAUGAGCAAAUGCAGUUUCUCCGUGAUGAAGUUCUAGUGGAAGUGAAGGAUAUCGAGCAAUUGGUGACUUUGGGAAAGGAGACCAAAGCCUGCCCCUAUUAUGGGAGUCGAUACGCUAUUCCUGCUGCUCAGCUGGUGGUGCUGCCCUACCAGAUGCUCUUGCAUGAGGCCACCAGGAACGCUGCAGGGAUCAUCCUGAAGGACCAGGUUGUAAUCAUCGACGAGGCCCACAACCUCAUAGACACCAUCACCUGUAUCCAUAGUGCGGAGGUCAGUGGCUCUCAGCUGUGCUGUGCCCACUCCCAGCUGCUGCAGUACAUGGAGCGAUACAGUAAACGUUUGAAGGCAAAGAACUUGAUGUACAUUAAGCAGAUCCUGUAUUUGCUGGAGCGGUUUGUAGUCAUGCUGGGAGGAAAUGUGAACCAAAAUCCUAGCUGCCAGGCAGUUUCCCAAACAGGGACAGAGCUGAAAUCCAUCAAUGACUUCCUAUUUCAGAGCCAGAUUGAUAAUAUCAACCUCUUCAAGGUGCAGCGUUACUGUGAGAAGAGCCUCAUCAGUAGGAAGCUUUUUGGAUUUGUGGAGCGAUACGGCAAUCCUGCCCCAGCUGUGAAGACCAACAAGGAGAACCAGAAGCUGGCUGGUUUGCAGAACUUUCUUAUGACUCUCCAGCAGGGAUCUCAUAAGGAAGGCCCUCUCCAGAGCCCUCCCGUGGAGGCUGACAAUGACCAGCUCCGAGCUGCCUCUCCUCUGAUGCACAUCGAGGGAUUUCUCUCAGCCCUCACGAACGCAAAUGAAGAUGGUCGAGUCAUUCUCAAUAGGCAAGGUACUAUUGGUCAGAGCAGCCUCAAAUUCCUCUUGCUGAAUCCAGCUGUCCACUUUGCCAAGGUGGUGAAAGAAUGUCGUGCUGUAAUCAUUGCUGGGGGCACCAUGCAGCCGGUGGCUGAUUUCCGGGAGCAGCUGCUGUCCUGUGCUGGUGUGGAUCCUGCACGUAUCAUGGAGUUCUCCUGCGGACACGUGAUCCCUCCAGAAAAUAUUUUACCCAUAGUCCUCUGCAGUGGUCCUUCCAACCAGCAGCUGGAGUUCACCUACCAGACAAGAGACCUGCCCCAGAUGAUGGAUGAGACAGGACGAAUCCUCUGCAACCUGUGCAACGUGGUCCCAGGGGGUGUGGUGUGCUUCUUCCCCUCCUAUGACUAUGAGAAGCAGGUGUAUGCGCACUGGGAGAAAACAGGGCUGCUCACCCGCCUGGCAACUAAGAAGAAGAUCUUUCAGGAGCCUAAGAAAGCCAACCAGGUGGAGCAGGUGCUGGUGGAGUAUGCCAAGUGCAUAAAGCGGUGCAGCCAGGCUGGAGGCCAGAUGACGGGGGCCCUGCUGCUUUCUGUAGUUGGAGGCAAAAUGAGUGAAGGAAUCAAUUUCUCGGAUGACCUGGGAAGGUGUGUGAUUAUGGUGGGAAUGCCUUACCCCAACAUUAAAUCUCCAGAGCUUCAAGAGAAAAUGACUUGGCUCGAUAAAACAAUGCCAAGAGCUGCUAGCCAGGCACCUAGCAGAGUGCUGAUUGAAAACCUGUGCAUGAAGGCAGUAAACCAGUCAAUAGGAAGAGCCAUUCGCCACCAGAAGGACUUUGCAAGCAUCCUGCUCCUGGACCACAGGUACUCACGCCCUGCUAUCCUUAACAAGCUGCCACAGUGGAUCAGGGAGAGAACCCAGGUCAAGCCUGCCUUUGGAUCAGCUUUUGCAGAACUAAGAAAGUUUCACCGAGGGAAAUCAGACUGAUGCAGACCAGAGAAGCGGGCUGUAGAUCAACUCUGUGAUCCACACCUUUUGAAGAACACCCAAAGCAACGCAGGUUCCUGUUUUUCUGUUCCAAGUGGUUUGCUAAUCUCCUCUCUGCCCCCAUUGUUUGUUGUUCAGUAUGAGCACUUGGCCUUCACCACCACAGCCAGGAGGGAAACCAGUUGAAGGACCGACACUAGUGAAGGUAGCAGAAGGCUUCUCUUUGUUUACAGCUGUUAAGGUUUUAUUUAAGUCUAUUAAAUAUUUUCAAC